AUGUUCGACGCGACUCGGCGAUGGUUCCGCCGGAACAGGACGCCUCUCGCCGUCGGCGUGGGAGUCGUCGGUGCCGGCUACGUCGUGACGCAGUACGUCCUGGGCAAGAUCAAUGAUGCGCGCGAACGCAUGAGCAGCGAUCGCGUCGCCAAGGAGAACCUCCGCCGCCGAUUCGAGCAGAACCAGGAAGACUGCACCUUCACCGUCCUUGCCCUCCUCCCCUCCGCGACGACGAGCAUUCUCGAGGCCAUGAACACGGAGAAGAUCACGUACGAGAUCCAGAAGAUGAAGGGGCAGACGAAGAGUCUCAAGGGCGACAGCGCGAGCCCGCCGAGUAUCGCGGAUACCACCAUGACGGCCGACGACGACGGCCGGAGCGUCGUGAGCAGUGGUGUGCAGAGCGAGAGCGGGCUGCAUGCGAGCCAGAUGACGGUGCCCAGUGCCGCUGCGACGAGCGGUGAGGGCGCGCAGGAUGGAGGGACUGCCGGGGCUGCGGCGGCGCAGAAGGCGAAGAAGACGAAGAGGCAGUUGUGGGACGAUUUGACCAUUAGCUCUAUCACGAGGGCAUUCACGCUGCUGUAUACGCUCGCGCUUCUGACGAUGCUGACGAGGGUACAACUCAACCUCCUCGGCCGCCGCAGUUAUCUGUCGAGUGUCAUCUCGCUUGCCACAGGCACCGCGCAGGCGACCAUCAGCCUGGAGAACAACGACGACGGCUUGGAGCCCUACGGAAACGACUUUGAGACUAACCGCCGAUACCUGACUUUCAGCUGGUGGCUCCUCAACGAGGGAUGGAAGGAGCUCGGUCAACGCGUCGAGGCCGCUGUCCGCCAGGUCUUUGGCCACCUCAGCCCGCGCGACCUGCUCAGCUUCGAGCAGUUCUCCGAGCUCACCCUCGCGGUGCGCAAGAUUGUCGAGGGAGAGACGCCCGAGGAGCGCCGCAGGGCCAGGUGGCUGCCGUACCUCCUCCCGCCAAGAGACCGCGAGGACCACGUCCUCCGCGAGUCGGGCAUCCUGGAAGAGAGCACCGUCAUCCUCUCGGAGAGCGCAACGUCCCAGUCCCCGUCGUCGUCGCCAGCUGUCAGAAGGUUGCUGGACGAGACCUCGGACCUGAUCGAGUCCCCCUCCUUCAUCCAUGUGCUCACCCUCCUCCUAGACGCGGGCUUCUCCGCGUUGGUCGACAAGAAGCUCGCAUCCGCCGCCUUCAACAAGCCGGACCUCGCGCAGUCGGAGCCCCGGACCUCCCAGGUCAUCCUGCUGCCCAAGAUCCUGUCGGUGCUGACGCGGGAGGCGCACGUCAUUGGCAACGGCAUGCCGAACGAGUACCUGCAGGAGAUGGAGCAGGUGCGCGACCUGGAGGGCUUCGCAGCGGUGGUGUACUCGAGCAACUGGGAGAACGAGAUCCAGCAGGAGGAGGGCGGCAUCAUGGCCAGCGCCGUGGACGUGAGGGCCAGCGACUUCGUGUCGAGGCCGAGCCAGGCGACGACCAACAUCCCGAGCCAGACGCAGGGGACGACGCAGGGGACUGGGGAGGAGAGCGUGGUGGUGGUGGACCCCGCAAGCAGUUUUGAGAGUGCGUGGGGGCGAGCACAGAAGUAG